UUUGAAAUGCCCAGCAUGGCGGCGCUGCUCCAACUCGGCGGCCGCGCCGUUCUGGGGGUAUGGGGCUGGUUCUUUGAGACACCAAACUGCAUCUUCCAGAUCUUGUAUGUUGUCCUGCUCACAACGUGCUACUACUCCGUCGUCACAGAAGUGUGGCCAUCCGUGACCGUCAUGGACAAAUCGAUGUCGGCUUCACUUGGCAUUGCUGCCUUGGGCUUGUUUGCCGUCGUGUCGUUCGCAGACCCAGGUCGCAUCACUCGAGAUAACAUCCGCCGAUUCAAGCGAUACCCUGCGCAUCCAGUGCUCUAUCCCCCGAACACGACGUGCUCGACGUGCCAGACUCUGAAGAUCCCGCGCUCCAAGCACUGCCGCGUGUGCAAUCACUGCUUUGCCCGCUUCGACCACCACUGCAUCUGGGUCAACACUUGUGUCGCCGCCAACAACUACGGCCCGUUCUUUGCCUUUCUCGUCGUCAACAUGGCGGGGGCAGCACAUCUGCUGUACUUGACCAUGCGCAGCUUCUUGCGCCAGUUGGACGCGAUUAUUUCCCCAUCGUCGUCCCGGUCCGUCGACGAUGCCAAGCUCAUCUUGACCGACCUCCUCUCGGUCAAGCCGGGCGUAACAUUUGUCGCGUGCAUGACUGCCAUGGUUUGGUUUCUCGUGAGCUGUUUGAUGGGCUGCCACCUCAGCCGCGUAUAUCGCAACUGCACCACGAACGAGCAUUUUAAGCGACAGCAUUUGAAAGCUUCGUUGGCGCGUGAGGACGCGAACGACGAUGACCCGCCGUCAAGCAGGCCCAUACCCAUGGAUCUGUCAUGGGGCGUCUUGGAAGUGAAACCGCGCCUGACGGCAAGAGCGAUCGACUCGAACCCGUAUGAUCUCGGCAUCGUGUACAACAUCCGGGACGCGCUCUUCCCUCCGUCGCUAAAGCUCGAUUGAACAGGCCAAGCGUCGUCUUUGUGACUUUCAUGCAUGCAGCCAGCCUGCAUGCAGUGCUGCUAGCUUGGCAUAGAGGGCUGGUCUCCGAACUCAACUGUUGGUGUUCUUGG